AUGGCUGACGACAUAGACAUAGAGGAACACGACGUGCUGGACAAUCCGAGGAUCAAGACUAUAUUUCCGGAUAUAGCGUGUAUCAAGGCGGAAUUGAUUAACUAUAAGGACAAAGAUAACAAUGAUUUCGAUGAAGAGAGUUAUGAAACGUACCAGCAAGACUUAACGGACCCGGAAAUUCUAGAAUGUUCCGUCGUUCUCGAAGAUUGGGGCGACUCGCUAAAGAAUAACCCGUGCUUCUGCUCCGAUUGCAAAAUAUUAUUCCCGACAGAGAACGCCCUGGACUCCCACGAAAUGACGGCCCAUUCGCUUCUCGUAGCCGUCGCUAGAGGUGUACGUGGUAGUGGUGAUUUUGGUGGUGGUGAUUGUGUAGCUAGAGUUGGUGCAUCCUCCUCAGAUUGGCGUAACGAUUCUACGCUAAGUACGGCCGGCGAAGCAGAUAUCAAUGAUUCCGUUGAAGAGAGUUACGAAAAGUGCCAGCAGGAAUUAACGGACCUGGAAAUUCUAGAAUGUUCCGUCGUUCUAGAAGACUGGGGCGACUCGCUAAAGAAUAACCCGUGCUUCUGCUCCGAUUGCAAAAUAUUAUUCGCGACAGAGAACGCCCUGGACUCCCACAAAAUGACGGUCCAUUCGUUUCUCGUAGCCGUCGGAAGGAAUAAAGCAAUAAAAAGCACAACGAAAAGCUCUAUAGCAGCAAGAUUGCAAUUUGAACCUGAUUCGGACAUGGGGAUAUCGAAUCUUCGCAACCACUGCAACAAAGUUCUUCCAGACAAAACAUCGCUUCAGAAACAUUCUGACGAGAUUUUGACGAGAAAGUUUAGCUGUAACGAUUGUGAUUUAGAGUUUGAGAGUGAAAUAUCGUUACAACGGCAUUUGAGAACGCUUCCUAGUGUCCUAAUGUACUGUUGUCCAAUUUGUUCCUGUUGUUUCAAGUUCUCGAAGAUAUUACUGUCGCACAUGGUCGACCAACAUCAGGUCGAUGUGGAAAAGGCACCUCAGCGUGUGAAAACUACGUACAAGUGUCGGUUCUGUCCUAAAAUCUUAAGGAAUAAUAAGAGUUACAAUGUUCAUAUACAAUAUUUGCAUCCUGACUUAUACAAGGAGAACGGCAAAGACAAAACUCGUACAGAAAAAUUCGAGUGCCAGCCCUGUAACUCGACAUUCCCAUCGAAAAGCUGUAUAAGCUCCAUAGCAGCAAAAUUAAAAUAUGAAACAGAUUUGAAUACCGAGAUAUCGAAUCUUUACACCUACUGCAACCAAGUUUUUCCAGAAGAAGAAUCGGUUCUGAAGCAAUCUGACAAGCAUUUGACGAGAAAAUUUAGCUGCGACGUUUGUGAUUUAAAGUUUGAGAGUAAAACAUCGCUACAACUGCAUUUGAAGUCACUUUCCGGUUGCCUAUUGUACUGCUGUCCGAUUUGUUCCUGUUGUUUCAAGUUCACGAAGAAAUUAUUGUCACACAUGGUCGUCCAACAUCGGGUCGAUGUGGAUAAGGCACCUCAGCGUGUGAAAACUACGUACAAGUGUCUGUUCUGUCCUGAAAUCUUAUGGGAUUAUAAGAGUUACAAUAUUCAUAUACAAUAUUGGCAUUCUGAACUAUACAAGAAGAUCGGCAAAGACAAAACUCACACAGAAAAAUUCAGGUGCCAGCCGUGUAACUUGACUUUCCCUUCGGCGCAUUCGGAGAAAAUACACCGAAUAUCCCGACACGCUAAGUCUAAAACUUAUUCAAAAUCCGUCGGUCGUGACAAGCAGUGGGGGGAGACAAGCUUCUUAGCAUUCCAUGGAUUCACCGUGCGGAUGCCGGGUCCAUCGUGUGGCAAGAGGAACUCAGAGCGGUUCCCAAGACUUGCGACCCAGGUGUAG